GUGUUUCAUUGUGAGCCACCGCAGGGCUGGCGUCGGCGCCUCCUCUCAGCUCGGAGAGUCUCAGUGUAUUUUCAGUCGUUCGCUGUUUACAGAGACUUAAACCUGAUCCUGAUCCUGAUCCUGAUCCAGUCCUCUGCAUGGGAGACCUCCUCGCGUCUAAGAUGAGCAGUUUGCGGGCAUGUAAAGGACCGUUUGACGGAACCAGCUCUGAACCGGUGGAGGACACAGACACCACCAACUUCGUGGCAGAAUUUUCCCUGGAAGCCAAUUAUCCAGUGCAAGUGACAGAUCCUCAUGCAGGUGCUGUGACGCUCCACCUGAGUUCCAUGCCAUCUGGAUAUCUGAGCCCCUCCUCAGACAGAAUAAGACAGCCAGUUGAAGAUGAAGAAUGCACCUGCCCAACAUCUACUUCACCAGACUACCCCAAAGAACUGCAGCUAUUAAACAGCCCCUGUGAAAAGUGUUGCUUCCCAGCUCCACCCCCCAAGAUCAGCGACCUCAUGAACGACAAAGAUCUGCUGGACUUACUGCGACUCAAACUGGAUCCAAACCACUGCACCAUCAAAAACUGGAAGAACUUUGCAAGUCGCUGGGGGAUGAGCUAUGACGAACUGACCCUGCUGGAGCACCGGACCCAGGGCUCGUUGUCCCACAGCCCCACCCAGGAGUUCCUGCUGCGCUACAACGAGAAAACGGUCACUGAGCUCACUGAACUUUGCCGCAUCUACCAGCGCAUUGACGUACUGCGACUACUGCAGAGCUGGAUAGAGAAGGACUGGCCAUCUCGGUGGCAACAGACUCAGUGACCAGUUUGACUAUAUGUGUAUUUAUCUUUCUGUCAGGUUUCUACUUGUUAGGAUUUUCUUCCUCUUCCCUGAGCUUGGGCACAUGUCACCACAUUUUUAGUAGCUUAAAAAAGGUCUUAAAAAAGGUAAAACAUUGACUUACAACAGGAAACUUCCUGUGGAGAAUGGCAGCAUCAUUGGGUGCAAGUUGCACAGUAUCUCACAGACAGUUUAGCACUUACUCACAUUCUACUGGUCUGUUGCUCCAGACUGAAACAUCUCAACCAGUACACAGAUCUCCAUGAACAAUUGUGCAGAUCUCCAUGGUGACUGGAUCCAUCCUCUUCAUCUAGCAGGACUAAAUUGUCAGCAACAUGUACUUUACACAUUGGUACAGAAUUCAUUGCAGACAUUCAUGGUUCUCAGACUAUGACUCUGUUGAUGUUUUUGAGGUGAACAACUCGGAUGGUUUCUAUGAAAUGUAGUAAACACUCUCAUGUCCUUCUCUGGAUGAGGAAAAUGUCAGGAGAUCACCACAUUUUUGACGUGGUGAUCUCCUGACAUUUUCUUUAAUCAUCAGGUCAAAGUUUUAAUGUGUUCAGCACUUUGGUUUAUGACCAAACACCUGAACCACUGACAGUCAGAUCAUCAUCAUCUGUUCUUUGUGUUUAGUGCUAAUUUGCAAAUGUUAGCAUGCUAACACACUAAACUAAGAAAGUGAAUAUGGUAACAUUAUGCCUAUUAAACAUCCAUCGUCGUGUUAGCAUUGUCAUCACAUGCAUUUUAGCAUGCUGACCUUAGCAUGUAGCUCAAAGCAGCACUGUGUUUAAGCCAAGUGCAUAGGUUUGGUUUCAACAUUAAUCUAUGGUUUAUUAACAUAAACAUAAAAACUACACAAAGUAACAGAUUAAAGACUACAGGAAAGUUAACUUACUUAUUAGGAAAUUACUUGUUAAUGGAAAAGUAUUAUUAAUCUAAUAAUGUAAGGCUGGUGACGUUAGAAUUAUCUAAUAUGACUUCACUCUAAACAGUGAGUUCACUCAAUUAUUGGUAGGAUAUGUCCCUACCGUCCAUAUGCAAACCUACGCCCGUAGGUUUUGGUGCCAGGGAGCAGGGCUCCAACAGUUUGGUAAUGUCCUGAUCUUGACAUUGGUUCUGCUCGUCUGUGUGGUGUUUUAGUGGCAAGUCAAGAGCAUUUGGAAACAGGUGGGAGGUUCAUUCAAAUGAAGCAGUGCAAAGCAAGUUGUUGGUUUUUAGUGGGAAAUGGGCCUUAGACUGUAACUGAGAAUUGAAGCCACAGAACCACAUCUGUUUCUAACACGUCACUUCAGGCCAGUCUGGUGAUUUUAUCAAGAGCAAACACGGCAAUGCUUUUUUUAUCUCAUCACUCCACAGCCAGCAGAGGCAUUUAAACAUUGUUUACUGUGUUUGAAGCUGGAACAUUUGUAAAUCUGCAUUUAUCUAUAAUAAAUAUGAAUGAUUCUUCCA